AUGAGUGGCUGGAACACAGAGGCAGUUAUAGAGUUCCAGAGUUUGGCAGUGUACCAGGUGACCUUUGACCAGUACCAGGAGACCAGUACCUUGGGAGACAGUCUGUCAAGUAACAAUGGGAGUUUCUUCACAACUUUCGACAGGGAUAAUGACCACCAGGAUGAGCUGAACUGUGCCCUGGGUUCGAAGCACUCCCUGUGGGGCAAGGGCGGCUGGUGGUACUUCGCCUGCGGAUCUGCGCGUCCCACCGCGCCCCUGAAGCACACCGACUACUGGAACUCCGCCUGCUGGCUGACCUUUGACAAGGAAGGGUCGCAGGUCACCAGUCUGAAGAGCCUCUCCAUGAAAUUCAGGCGUCACAGUUAUCAGCAGAUGUCCUCUGUGGCCAACUGA